AUGGAUUUCAUAGGUGAGAUUGUUGAGCAUGAAAUAGAAGCUCCAUCUCUGACUAUAGACGUUGAAGUUGGCGGAUUUCCAGAUCCAUCUAAGUCAAGAGAGAAGAAAGUCUCUAGAUGGAAGAAGAGAGUACAGAAGAAAGGAACGGAGGAUGCUGCCAAACCUCUUCGAGAAUCUGCAAAUAAGGUGAAAAAUAAAAAUGUAGUAAAUGAUCUUACGGAAGCUGAAAAGAUUCACCAGGAGAAUAUGGAUAAAAUUGCGAGUAUGACAGAAGAAGAAAUUACUCACGAAAGAGAAGAACUCUUACAAGGGUUGGAUCCUAAGUUGAUCCAGAGUUUGCUUAAAAGAACUGAGUCUAGAAUCCAAAAGCAAGCCGAUCAUGUUCACGGAGACAGUUCCAAUCAUGGUGACCAUGGACAUGAACAUUCAGAAGGGUAUAAUGGGUGGAUAGGAGGAAUGAGAACCAAAGAAGGCAUGUCUGAUUUGUCGCAGUUGGAUCCAGAGGAUGUAGACAAAGCUUUGGGAAUCAAACAGCUAAACAUAAAAGAUGAUUUUGAUAUAGAAAAAGACAAUAGCCUGAAAGCAAGCGAAAAGCCUAAAAAGUCAGUGACAUUCAACGAAGUAGCUACGGUAAGUUACGAGGACUUGGAUGGUGGCAUAGAGCUUGAUCCCAAUGGCUGGGAAGAUGUAGAGGACCUUCAUGAGAUGAUCCCCAAUAUCCCGCACACAAACAAUGAGAACGAGAUAGCUCCAGAGGAAUACCAAUUACUCACAGAAGAAGAGGAAAACAGGAUGGAUGUUCAUUUUCCAAAACCUAAACCUGUAGAUGAUUUGGAUUUGAACGACCCAGAUUUCUAUGACAAGCUUCACGAGAAGUAUUAUCCGGAUCUCCCCAAAGAAACGGAUAAAUUGUCGUGGAUGACGAAGCCUUUGCCCAAACAAACAUCUACCACCUACGAGUCUGUGGCAGAUAUGAGAUUUAACUUUCAUGGUGACUUGAUUGAACUACACGACGAAACGAGCCCACAAGCGAAUCCCAAAAACGAGAUUCCAACGUAUAUGGGGUUGCACCACCAUGCAGAAAAUCCUCAUUUGGCAGGCUAUACCUUGGCAGAACUUGCGCAUUUGGCUAGAUCUGUAGUUCCGAGCCAGAGAUGUGUUAGCAUCCAAACUCUCGGCAGAAUUCUUCACAAGUUAGGCUUGCACAAGUACGCUGGUGUAUCCGUAGAAGAAAACGACGAAGAGGAUAAACAUUUUAAUGAAAACGUCAGAGAGAUGGUAGCAAGUUUCGAGAAGAUGUUAUGGGACUUAAUCGAUCAACUUCGUGUUAUAGAAACUAUUACAGACGCUGCAGACGAAGCCAAGACGAAAAAUUUAUCUGUGAGGAACUAUGCUAUCGAAGCAUUAUGGUUGUGGAAGAAGGGCGGAGGUAGACCUGAAGAGUAUGAACAAACUGAA